AUGUCCAGUGCCCAGCCCUAUAUCGAACUCUCAGACCUAUCUGGCUCCCGAUCGACGGAUAAUCUCCAUGACACGGACUCGUUGUUCGCUGAAAACACAAAUGUGUCGUGGUUUCUGGGCUUGGACGACAAGCAGUUGGACUAUCUUCUCCAGCGACUCGGUUUGGCCGAGGUAAACCAUCCAGUUGUGGUGUCGCUGCUUCCGAGAAACAUACAAUACCUCGUUCUCAAGACCGAGGAGUUGGACGUCGAGCAGGCGCUCGCGAUCCUCAGGGACGUUUUGGUCGAACACGCUGCCGACGUCAAUUUCCCGUCGUCAGACCUUCGUCUCAUCGAACAAUUGGUGGCUACCAUUCCCAACGACGACAAACUGUUCAAACUGAACAAGGAUAGUUUCUGGGAGGCGCAGGUGCGGUCCGAGGCGGCUCUCAUUGCCUUCCAUUCUCCAUAUCCCGAAGUCAGAGCCAUCGUUGACCCUGUAGAUGACCCAUCGAUGCCCGCUGAGACGUUUCGUGUCUAUGUAAUUGCUUUGUUCUGGACCGUGGUCGGGAGCACAAUCAAUAACUUUUUCAUCCACAGGCUUCCUCAAAUCAGUCUCUCGACAAGUACAGUGCAAUUGCUUCUUCUACCGAGUGGGAAGCUCUGGGAGAGGGCGCUUCCUCAAAACAAGAUGGUCAGGAUCUUCGGCAGGAACGUAAACAUUAACCCCGGCAAGUGGACAAGCAAGGAAAUGAUUUUGGCGACCAUCAUGUACUCCUGUUCCAACGGAACGCCAUAUGCCAUAUACAACAUUGUCGUUAUGAAAUUGGACAUCUUCUACGGUCUAAAGUGGGUGACCUGGACGUACCAGAUUAUGUUCACCAUCUCAACACAAUUUCUCGGGUUCGCUUUUGCCUUUGUUAUGUUGAGAGUAUGUGUCUAUCCGAAAAAGUCAGUGUGGCCCACCCUUCUUCCCACCAUAGCGCUCAACAGAGCACUUAUCAGCGGUGAAACCCCCUCGAACAUCAAUGGAUGGAGAAUCUCUCGCUUUGCCUUUUUCUUUGUUGCAUUUGUCUCGAGUUUUUUCUAUAGUUGGGUGCCUUCGUAUUUCUUUACUGCUCUCUCAACGUUCAAUUGGCCAACCUGGUUCUCCCCAAAGCUGGUACACUUGGACAACAUAGCUGGUUCUGUGCAUGGCUUGGGCCUCAAUCCAUUGCCCACAUUGGACUGGAAUGUUCUUGACAUGGCCGGCUGUUUGACUCUCCCGUUCUUCACCUAUGCGAAUCAUUACCUGGGCAUGAUACUCGCCUUUAUGACUAUUUUGGCUAUCUACUACACAAACACAAAUUGGACAGCAUACUUUCCAAUCAAUUCAAACAAAUUGUUUGAUGGAAAGGGAAAGAUUUAUAAUGUUCGCGAAAUCUUGGACGAAAACCACUUGUUUGACGACAAGAAGUACAGAGAAUACGGCCCUCCUUACUUCGGCGCGGCAAACUUGGUCACAUACGGAGCUUAUUUCUUCAUGUAUCCCUUCGCUAUCAUGUAUCAUUUCAUUACUGAGUGGAGUCUGACGAGACAAAGUUUCGCUGAAAUUUGGAUCACUGUUAAGAGUGCGUUUGGAUCGCAUGAUGCAACCCUUCUGAGCAAAUUUGAACAUGAUCGCCAUUGCCAAAUGAUGAAGUCAUAUGAAGAAGUACCGAGUCUGUGGUUUGUUGCCAUUCUCAUAACAAGUGUCUCGUUUGCAAUGAUGUGCGUCCUCUUUUAUCCAUUGGAGACUCCGCUAUGGGGGAUUUUCUUCACAAUAGCCAUCAAUUUCGUAUUUUUGGUUCCAAUCACCAUCAUUGCAUCGGUAACAGGCUUCUCGUUUGGGCUAAACGUUCUUGUGGAACUCAUCAUUGGAUACACGAUCCCAAAUUCAGGAUUGGCUCUCAUUACCUUGAAGGCAUAUGGAUACAACAUCGACAGCCAAGCAAGCAACUACAUUACAGACCAAAAACUUGCACACUAUUGCAAAAUUCCUCCUAGAGCGAUCUUCCGCGGUCAGAUCAUUUCCACAUUUGUGAGUGUAUUUGUGUCUCUUUUCAUCACCAAUUGGCAAAUUGCCAAUAUCCCUGAUCUAUGUCAGGGCGGGCAAAAGAAUCGCCUUGUGUGUCCUGGCGCAAAUACUUUCUUCUUCUCCAGUAUUCAGUAUGGUGAAUUCGGGCCCGCAAAAAUGUUUGGUGGAGUCUAUCCGAUUCUCAAGUGGUGUUUCUUAUGGGGGGCUCUUGGCGCUCUAGGAUUAUCAUGGUUCAAGAAGAGUGGCCCUUCAAAACUUACAAAGUAUUUCCAGCCAAUAGUCAUGUUGGGAGGAUUCCUAGCAUAUGCACCUUACAACUUGCUGUACUACACUGGCGGGUUCUACCUCUCGUUUCUUUUCAUGUACUACGUGAAAAGACGCUAUCCCAUGUGGUGGGAGAAAUACAACUAUAUUCUCACUGGCGCACUUUCUUCCGGUGUAGCAAUGAGCUCUCUCAUGAUCUUCUUUGUGAGAUACCAUGGGAAAGAUAUUGAAUGGUGGGGAAACAAAUUGAGUAGCCAAGGCAUUGAGGGCUAUAGAAAUGGGCCGUCUUGGUUGCUGGCUGACACUGCUCCGGGAGGUUAUGUUGGUCUACGCAAGGAGGAUUUCCCAUGA